AUGAUGGUGGAGGAGGUUGAGGAGGCAAAGAGGACACAAUCGUGUCACAUCAUCUACGUCAAAGACCAUAAAACUCGUGCAACCUUUGGCGAUGCCCCGGUGACCGUCAGCGACAAGGUCCACGCGACAAUCACAAAGUGGUUGGAGGCGAGGAAGGGGCUGGAGGGCUGGGGAGGCCCCCAUGUCUUCUCCAGUAUGAGUGGGGGGAUUGCCCCAGCUCUACUGGAGUUCCACAGAAAAAUGUGGGCUGAAUUGGGCAUGCCGAACCCUGCGCCAACCUUCAGCGGGUUGAGGGACUCCAUCGCCACAUAUGCCGUCAAGACGUCCAACACGCUCGAAGGCCGUAAGAUUGCUGGACAAAUGUGCCACGACCUCACAACUAACCAAAAGUUUUAUCAAAGUGUCCCAAACCCUGAUGAGAUCACUGAAAUCAGAGAGCUAAUGCUCUCGAAGAUGGUAGGGGAGUUGACAAUUGUUGAGAACGAGGAGGCAGCAAUGGACGAGGAGCAGGAUGAGGAGGAGGAGGAGGAGGACCUGAGGGAUGAGGAGGAGGAAGAUGAGGGAGAUUCGGACUGGGGGAUGAAGGAAGACAAAAAGCAGGAUGGAGGAAAAGAAAAAGCGAGUGGGAAAGGAAAACGGAAGAGCAAGCGAGUCGUCGACUCCUCUGAUGAAGAGCUUGGGUCACCAAAGCGGAAACACUGGGGGAGGAUUGUGUCCUCUGAGGAAGAGGAAGAGGAAGAGGCGAGAGAGAUGGAAACUCCAAAAAAGAAGCCCAGGAAGUCUCUCUUCACCUCACCAAAAUUCCUGGAAGACGGCACGGGCAAAGACAUGGCCAAGGCUGCGUGGCUGAAACAACAUAAGUUAGUUAGUUAG